AUGCAGAUUGAUGUCUCGCGCAAGGUUCUUCUACUAUACAUCUUCUUACUGGGAUUUAUAAUGGAUAUGCUAUAUAUGAAUUGUGUUUGCGUAUUAAAAGCUUGCUUCAAACAAAUCGCCGAUAAUCUGAUAAAUCUACGAAAACUCGCGACGAAUGAUGAGCCAUAUCUUUUGAGCGAUACCUAUCACGAGGAGAGGAAUUCAUUUCGACUGAUGGAGAUCAUAGCUUUGAAAAAGCAGCACCUGGCAAUCAACGACGCAGUGCAGAUGUUAAAAAUGGUCUUCAGUUUACACCUUCUUUCAACGAUAGUUAUGACUUUCACUCAAAUCAUCUUCAACCUGUACUUUUACGUAGUGCGAAUACAAGGGGGUUCAUCUAUGAGCACUCAGGAAAGACAUAUUUAUGAUAUGGCCUUUGUUACAGCUGUAACAUAUUAUUCUGUAAAAAUGUUGUUGAUAGUAUGGGCUUGUGAGACCGGCAAGAACGAAGCCAUGAAGAUCAGUAGCACCGUUCACGACGUGUUCAAUAGCACCAACAAUAAGCAAAUAAAAUAUGAGGUGAAUUAA